AUGAAAUUAUAUUAUAUGUCAGCACAACCCUUGGCCUUCCCACUGAAGUGUGCUUCCAAUACUUUCCUCUGCGACCGUUCAUUCUCCGUUCUGAUCACAUGUUCUGCCCAUCUCAGCUUACUUACCUUGAUAUAUUUACGGCAAUCCUCUAGCAAGAAACACCAGAUUUCCGCUCCAUACUGGCCUCAUAAGCGUUUUUUACAGCUUUAA